AUGCCUCGAGGGCGUCCACCUAUCCAACGAAGCGAAGAAGAAGCCAAGAUAGCUCGAAGAGCUCAAGUACGCCGCAAUGUUCAGGCUUAUCGACUACGCAAGCACCCCAAUGGUAUAUCCGGAGAAUCUCAAGUAUCGCCCAAGGAGCCGUUCAGUUUCGUGUUCGAAGAAUGGGGCCAGGAUGAUUUUACGCGCCCCUUGGACACAAGUCUUAAGCCACCAGAGCAACAGUAUAACCUCCGGCCGAUGAACUCGCCCAUGUUCCGAAAGUUCAACUUGUUGGUGGAAAUACCUCCGGAGAUUAAUGCUGCUCGAGUAUCCCGCCAGCAAUUCACAUCAAACGCUGCCACUGCAUUCUUCCCCACGGUACAGAACGGAGAUCCUCUUUCCUUAGAGACUGGCCCGCACUGGGCUCAACUGAUCCCAGACCUUGUCAACAAAAACGAUGUCCUGGACUCUUCCAUCCAGGCUCUCUGCCUCGUGCAGAUCAGUCAUGUCAUGCAGGAACGUUGGCUAUUACGAAGCAGUCUCACAUUCUACGACAGGGCACUGCAAGCGUUUCAGGGAGUGAUAGCAGAACCCACUCAAGCAUUUAAAGCCGAGAUCUUCGCAACGGCCAUGGCGCUUGCUACUUACGAACUGCUCCAGGGAACUAACGCCAACGAAAGCCGUGGCUGGAUGUACCAUAUCGAAGGAGCCUCUUCCUACCUGAACGCCUUCCCGAAGCUUGAUGUGUGCGCUUUUAGUCAUCAAUUGUCUUUCCAUUUUCUUGAGACUAUCUGCAUUUUCGACGCUCUUGGUGCUCGAAAACCAUCUUGUUUUUCCACAUCCAAGUGGUGGCGAAGUACCGUUGACCGGUUUGGGGACGAUAUGUAUGGAGCACUAUUGCGCAUGAUCACCUCUCUCCCGACAGUACUUCAGCAGUGCGAUGAAUCAAUGGUGUUGCCAGCGAGCGUCGAAGCGUACGCAAGGUGGUCAGCCCUUCUUCAAAUGGCUUUCCGACUGGAGAAAGCAUUUCUAGACUGGUUCCACACGAUGACGGCUCGUCUGUCACUUUGCCAGCACACUAUUACCUCAACACUACAGGAGACUUCGGAUCCUGACACAUCGCAGCCCGAAUUCUCAUUUCCGAACCUAUCACUGCGCGGCUCUACCUUCUGUAUUGGUCAUCCAUGA